GAGGAGGAGUAGGACAAAAGACACAAAUCAGAAGAGUAAUAUUCAAUAAUUAUUCCCAUUUUACAUACCUUCUAAGCUGAUUUAUUUUAUUUCAUUUUAUUCCCGCAUAUCUACCUAUCUAUCUAUCUAUCAUACCUUUCACAAUAAUAUUUAUUCCUCUGGGAUAAAUUCAAAUUGUGAAAAAUCUUCAUUUAAUUCGGUGGUUAAAUCUUUGCAAACUGUUAACUGUUUACAAUUACAAUGACUUCACGUCGUAAGCAAACACGUCCAACAAAAAAUUUUCUCGAGUUGGGAUUACAUUUCCAGUCGAAUUUAACUUUAUCAUCAUCGUCAUCAGCAGCAUCACAUCCAUCAAUAACAUCAUCAACACCGUCAAGUUACUUCGAUAUCAUGUUCAAGAAUUCUAUGUCAACAUUAGUACUACCAGCUAAUUUUCAUACAAGUUCAGAAAAUUGUAUCGAUUUUCGAGAUUCGUUAAGCAUAGAUUCGAAUCUACCAAGUUUACCACCAGUAACUAAAUGGAAUUAUGAAGAUACUACAGAGUAUAUUUCCAAUAUUGACAUAAAGAAUACUGUCAGCAAUCUAAUAAAUGAUCAAUCAAUAUCUCAACAUAUUGUCAAUCAAUAUCACACUGCUCAGUCUUUGUUAAACUGUAGUAAACAAUCCCUUCCAACAACAGUUCUACCGUUUGGAGAUAGUGGUUGUAUAAGUUUAACGGAUGAAACUAGUUUGAUUAGUGUAAAACAUUCAACAUCUACACCUGUACAUACAAUGGAUAGUGAUAGUACACCAACUACAAAUGCUAGUAGUACAAAUACAAUAAGUCCAAUCAAUAUAGACAGUUUAGAUCGUUCAAAUGAAGUUCAAGCUAUACCUGUUAUGUCGAAUAAAACUGACCAGAGUUUACAACCUAUGAUUGAUGAUUACUAUACAUCCAUUAAUACUAUUAGUACUACUACUACGACUACCACUGCUAUCAAUAAUGCUAAUCCUGUUAUUAAUAUUACUACUACUACUACAAAUAAUAAUAAUGAUAACAGUAGCAGUACUCAGUCAAAUGAACAACAAAAUGUUGGGCUGAUUUAUUAUUCUGAAGAAAAUCAGACUCCAGUAAUAAAACAAACUGUAGAACAUAAAAGAAACUGGAAUACUCCUGUGAUGAAUUCAGUCGGUGUUAUGAAUAAUCAACAACAAGAUGAAUUAAAUCUAGAUGAAUCACCGUCUGAUAAUGAGCUGAACUUGAGUUCAGAGUCUAUGAAUCGAAGAAAUAGAGCAGAUGUAAAAAUACAACCUUAUGCUCUUCGUGGUAAUGUUGAAGUAUUUCGUUGUCCAUUAUGUUCACAAGAUGAAAUAUUUAGUCGUGGACAUUUAACAAAUCAUUUACAAGAUCAUCAAAGCAAUUUUAAACGUGACGAUUAUAAGCAUGUUUGCUGUUUUUGUUUCAGUGAAUUAAGUUCAAAUAGUUCACUUGAACGUCAUUUAUUAACUCAUACAAACCAUCGUCCAUUUAACUGCAAUCUGUGUGAUAAAGCCUUUACAACUAAUGGUAAUUUAAGUCGACAUAUACGUACAUCUCAUCAAGUGAAAACAACAGCCACAAACUCUUUUACACCUAUAAGUACUGCUGCUCCAUCAAUAUCAACAUCAUCCUCAUCACCGUCAUCAUCAGCAGCUCCACAAUUAGUAUCACAUCACACAUCACAUCAACAACACCACCACCACUACCAACAACAACAACAACAACAGCCAAUACUGUUACCUAAUUGGUUUCAAUCUUCUACUAGUCUACAGUCGACUUCAUCAUCUUCAACAAAUAUUUAUCCUAAACUCACUUCAGUAUAUCAGAGUGGAGUUAACGAUGCAUGCUGUCAUCAAAACUCCUCCUCCUCUUCAUCAAUAAAACAACAAUUAGAUUUUAACACUUCUAGAAUCAAUACAUCACAAAAGUUGACUACAACUCAAUCAAGUCAUAAUGAAAUGCUAAAAAUACGGCAUGAUUAUACACCUUUGAUGAAUUUAUCUACUUCAGCUGUUUAUCCAAAUGAUAAACACAUUGAUGUCAUUGAUAUAAAAUCAUGUAUGAAUAAUCUAUCUCAUAUUAUACCAACUUUUAUAAUAAAUGAACCGAUUAAAUUAGAACAAACAAAAUCAACUUUAUCAGCAUAUGAUUUACAUGAACAGAAAAGAGACAACCACUCUGAGGAGAUGGAGAUGGGAUCAUCAACUUCUUUGUAUACAGAAAAUAAGAAUUUCACCGACUGGUCAACCUGUUUUACAAAACACCAAGAACAACAUCAUAUUGAUGAUAAUGUUAGUAAUAAAACAUUAGAAUCUUCUAGUUGGUCAACAUAUAAUAAUAAAGGCAGCUCUACAUCUGAAUUUCUUCAAUUCUUUUCAAAUUAUUGGUUGAGCUUAAGUAAAAAUGGUGCAUUAAACAAUUCAGCUUAUACAAGUAGUGUAGAUCCACGAACAAUUAUUGCUAGUCUACUGCCUUCAUUUUUACCUGUAAAUAAUACAAUGAAUAACGAUUUCACUUCAGUCACGAUGAUGUCAUCACUUUCAACAUCAACAUCAUCAUCGUCAGCAGCAGCAGCAGGAGGAGGAGGAGCGAAUGAUCCAGUUGAUACGAUUGGAAACUUUUCAAAGUAUACUUCAGAAUCACCUAGAAUUACUAUUUGUGAAAUCCCAUCACAUGAGAUGGACAAUCAAGUGGACAGAAGAUUUGAUGGAAGUCUUUAUACUGCCAGUUCUGGAGAAUAUGUUGUUGUUUCUUCAUCACCUAAUCCAAAUGUACAGAAUAAUAAUAAUGGUAAUAGUAAUAAUAGCAACAAUAGCAACUUACAAGUUAUACGACCUAAAUUUUUCACUGGGACAAAUAAACAUGAACGACAAAAAUCACGCAUAAAGAAAGUGAGAUCUUUGAAAACCUUUUCAGUACGCUAUAUCUUGGCUAAAAGAAGAAAAAGUCUGACGAUGAUUGGAAAGAAGAAACUGUCUAGAAAAGUAGCCGAUAUUAAAUUCAGAUCGUUAAGUUCAUUAAGUUCCAGCUCUAAACAAAGGAGAGAAUGUGAUAUGCAACAAUUCCAGUCAGUAGAUGCAGAGUACUCUUCAAACAGAUCACACAGUUCAUGCAGUCCAGAUCAUUGUAAUUCAACGAGAAAUAAUUCAAACUACCUGUCAGCUGAUGAUUAUACAUGUUCACUAAGUAAUUUCUUUAGCAUCUCGGAUAGACCAUCGCCAUCGGCAAUUCUAUAUACGUAUAAUGAUAAGAUGAUUAACGAUAAUGAAAAUAAUAAUAAUGACAAUACCAUGUUGAAUACUACAGAACAAAAUUAUCUUCAACCAAUGGAGUCCUAUCCAGAAAUACUUGAUCUUUCAUUACGUAAUAAAAAUCUACAAACAUAUGAAGAAAGCCAGAAGAAUACAAAUGACAUUCAACAAUUUAACAGGCUGUAUGCAAAUCCAGGAAACUAUUCUGAUAUGAAUUCAAAACCCAGAACUUUCACUCCAAUGAAUGCAUCUACUGCUCUCUAUCCUUCAUAUGCUGUUACUACUACUACUAAUACUGCUAUGCCUAGCCAGCCAACAGUUGAUACAAAGUCAUUUGGUCAUGAGAUAGAUUUAAAUAAUAUUCUUCAUGAUAUUUGUAGCCUAUCUGUUAUACAACGUAAUAAUAAAACUUCAGCUUAUACUGAUAAUUUAACAAAUACUACUGGUACUACUAACAAUCAAUUAAGUAGACUGUCAAUGAAUUUGCAAAAUAAUAUGCCAAAUGCAAAUAAAAUACUUUCUCUUCGUUCAAAUAUUCCACCAGUGCUUAUACAACCAAAAAAGAACUCGUAUAAAGAUGCACCGAAACUGAUCACUUGUCCUAUAUCUGGUUGCAAUCAAAAAUUCCCAUGGAAUAGUUCUUUAAAACGACACAUUCUUACACAUACUCCUCAUAAACCAUUUGCAUGUACAAGAUGUACAAAAUCCUUUUCAACUAAAUCCAAUCGUGAACGUCAUAUGGAACGUGUACAUCGUGUUAGCUUGAAACGUCAACGUCAACGUUUCAAUCGAACAAGUAUGAGUAUUCAAAGUCCAUCAAGUGGAGAUAAUCGUUCCGAGUUGAGUGGUCAUCAUUCGAAUAUGAAUUCUGUUGGUCGAACAACAACAGCCACCACCACCACCACCACAACAACAGCAACACUAGGCGAUAAUAAUGAUCAAGAAAUUGAUGGUAUUGAAGAGUUGAGAGAAGAUGAAAUACUGUCAAUGAAUUCAAAUGAAAAACAAGCUGAAGAUAUUAGUAAUAGUUUAUUAAUACGAGCCGGUGAUCCAGUAGUAGAACCAAAUCCAGAAAGAUUGUAUAAUGCAGCAUUAUUAGCAGUAGCAAAUUCUACAAGAGGUGGAUUCACUAACUUUUUAAAUCAUGUCUCUUCCCCCAGUAUUAUAAGUAAUAAUAAUAAUACACCACAGAAUAUUUUACCAAAUAUUUCUAUUCGACAAAGACAAUCAAGUCGAGGUGGAGGAGGUGGACGACGACGACCUAGACGUAGUAAUUUAUUAAGCAUGAAAAGUACCCCACAGAUCCCGUUGAUUGAUAUGAUAACUGAAUCAACUAGUGAGAAUAAAUCAACCUAUGAAGAUCCACCAAUAGAUUUAUCAUUACAUUCAACAAUGAAAAAUACCCCUGCAACACUCACUUGUCCAAUAUGUUCACUAUCCAUUGGUAGUCGAUGUUUUCGUCGUCAUUUAACACUUCAUCAAGUAGAUAAUCCAGUUUUUCGUUGUCAUUUAUGUCAACUAACUUUUCAAGAUCAAAUAACAACAUUAACUCAUUGGGCUAUGGAACAUUCAAAUGAAUGGUCUAAAUUUGUUAAAAAGUUAAAUACAAAUGAUACAUCAACUGAUAUUCUUACACAAAUUCAAUUAAGUCUGAAAAAUAAUGUUAAUACUACUAUUACUACUAAUAAUUAUAAUAGUAGUAAAUGUGAUUUAAAAGAAACAAUUAGUAAGACUAUCAACCUAUCAGAAUUAAAAGAACCAAUUAAUUAUUCGGCUAAAUUAAGCACCACCACCACCACCAACAACAACAACAACCACAACCACAAUAAUGAUUCACGUUAUGUAUCCUGUUGUGUUUGUCUUCAUCGUUUCGGUAGUCAACAAGAUUUACAAAGACACAUGAGAUCGCAUACUGGUGAAAGACCAUUUAUUUGUCCAUAUUGUGGUAAAGAAUUUUCACUAAAGCAUAGUAUGCAUAGACAUGCUAGAGUUCAUAUGAAACAAACUAUUAAAAUAAAUACAAUAAAUGAAACACCAUCUUAAAUACACAAAUACUCACAGAAGAAUACAAGAAUUAAACGCUUGUCUUUUCUGUUUUUUUGACUAGUCGUCAUAAGGAUUUCUUUAUAAAGCGCCAAUUGUUUUUUACAUAAUCCUUCAUUGUUUCAAUAAUUGAACAGUUUCUCUUCUCUUUUAUUUGUAUUCUUUUUUUUUGUAAAUUCAUUCAGUGUUAUUCCUAAUUUUACAAACCAUUUAUUUACAAUAAUUCUCAUAGUAGCUUUUAUUUAUUAUGGUCAAGGGUUGUUUCCGCUUAAAAAUAAAAUGAAUUAUCAAAGUGUUAUCAUUACAAAGCAAAACGCUUAAUAUGAUACAUCGUUCACUGACACACUGAUGCACUAUGGGGAUUGGUUCUACUUUUCUAUACAUAUUUCAUUUCUGUUGUGUGGUUGUUGUUGUUGUUC